AUGACUCAUUAUCAAAAUAUUCUUACCGGUCGAUAUGAUGUUGAUUUGAACGAAACUAUCAAUGAAAGUGACCGCGGUUUACCUCAGCAAGAUAGGAAUAUUGCUUCAAGUUAUGGACUAGAUAAUUAUUUUGGUCAGUCCUCACACUUUCAAAUGAUGGAAAAUGUCGGGACAUCCUCAAAUUUUCAUGUCUCGCCUACUUUUGAUACAGAUGAUUGUCGGGAAAAUAUCACACAAGAUGAGCCCAUUGAUCCUGUGAAUAUCGAUGAUCGUGACCUUCCAAAUUACGGCUCACCUUCAGCUAGUGAUAGUGAUGAUUUGCCUAAUGCCGAGGAAUCAGGAGAUAAUGUUCCAUUUGAGGUAUCAUCUAGUGAUGAUGAUUUUUUAAUGCCCAAUCGGUCGCCAAGACCAAUGUCCAUGAGUCCUUUUUGUAGUCAUGAAAUUCCUUAUCUGGAUCAUCUCCAAGAUGGUCCAGAUAUCUUUGGCGAUACACAUGAUGAAUAUACAUCACAACGUACAUGGGGUGAACCGGAAGAUUUCAUGAAUGGUGUUAUUUAUAUUGAAAAAGGCAUGUUGUUCAAUUCAAAGAAGCAGUUGCAAAGAGCAGUUAAGCUUCUACAUUUAAAGAUAGCGAGGGAGUACUUUGUUAUUAAAUCGACAAAGAAAUCAUGGCGACUUGUUUGCAGGCGUGUAGAACAAGGAUGUCGAUUUAGGCUAACUUCUUUUAAUGAUAAACAUACUAACAUGUGGAAAGUUGGAAGAUACAUUAAAGAACAUACAUGUGAUAUGGGUACGUGCCGCGAUGGACAUUUCAACUUGGAUGUUGAGAUGAUUGCUAACGUCCUUCGUGUUGAUAUAGAAAAAACGCCAAGGUUUCCCAUCAAAGAUUGUCAAACAGCGGUUCUUAAAGCAUAUGGCAUUUCGAUAAGCAGAAAAAAAGCAUAUCUUGGUCGCAAGCGUGCUUUUGAAAAAGUCUAUGGUACUUGGGAGGGUUCUUUUUCCGAGUUGCCGAGGUUCAUGGAAGCUUUGAAACACUUCAAUCCCGGAACAAUAGUUGAAUGGAAAACAGAGCGGCGUGUCGAUGUCAUUGAAGAUGUAUUCAACUAUGUGUUCUGGACUUUUAAACCAUGCAUUGAUGGGUUUGUGUUUUGUCGUCCUGUUAUAUCGAUCGACGGAACACAUGUCUAUGGAAAAUAUGAUAUCAAGUUGUUGAUUGCGAUUGCAACGGAUGGUAACGGCUCAAUAUUACCUUUGGCAUUUGCAAUAGUUGCGAAUGAGAGCAUGGAGACAUGGAGUUUAUUUUUGGAUCAUUUGCACUUGCACGUUGUCAAGGGUCGUAGAGGUGUGGCAUUGAUUUCAGAUAGGCAUCACGGAAUACUCUCAUCCGUGUAUAAUUCUCCCAAUUGGCAGGCCCCAUUUGGGUUCCAUCGUUUUUGUUUAAGACAUUUGAAGGCCAAUUUUCAAAAAAAAUUCAAAAAUGUCAUUUUAAACAACCUUUUAUGGGCAGCUGCAAAUCACUGUCAGGAGAAAAAGUUUUUGGAAAAAAUGGAGAUGAUCAAGGAGAUUAACCCGGAAGCAUAUGUGUGGUUAAUGAAGAACGAUCUUGACAAAUGGACAUUGCACAUGGAUGGAGGUAGGAGAUGGGGCAUGUUGACAACAAACAGUUCCGAGUCAUUCAAUGGUCUUCUUAAGUCAGCCAGGGGCCUGCCAGUUACUGCAAUGGUAAGACUCACUUACAAUCAGAUUGUGAACCGAUUUGUUACAAGAUCAAAAUUUGUCAAUCAGCUAGUGCAACAAAAGCAACAAUGGAUGCCUAAACCAUUCAAGAUUUUUGAGGAUAAUCGAAAAAAGUCACAGCGUCACACACUUAUCAACUAUCACCAACAAAGGGAAAACAUAUUUGAGGUGCAGACACAUAUGCAUCAUGGCAGUGGUGGUAAUAAGCACAUUGUAAAUGCAUCACAAGGAAAAUGUCAAUGUGGUAAAUGGCAAUCAUACCACAUUCCGUGUUCUCAUGCAAUAAAGGGAUUUGACCAAAUUGGGUAUCAAGCAUGGGAGCAUAUGGCACCAGAAUUUAGCGUGCGUAGCUACAAAAAAGCCUACUCUGGACAAUUCAAUCCACUCGGCGGUGAAAAAUAUUGGCCUGAUAGUCCUUUUCUUAUGAUAGCAAAUAAAAAAUAUUUACGAAAAGUGGGCGUAAAUAAAAUCACCCGUAUACAUAAUGAAAUGGAUGUUCCCGCAAGUACACUUACUCGCAAAUGUUCAACGUGCAAACAAAUAGGCCAUGAUAGGCGUAACUGUCCUUCACAAGCUCGAAACGCCUCAUAUGGUGGUAGUAGCUAA